AUGUCGAUAGCUCCCGUCAUCACCUUCAAAGCAGGUAUCUGCGACCUCGAUAUGAUCUUAUGCACUUCUGCUGGCGCCCCCGCAGCGCCCCCCCUCGAUGAGCCCGAGCUCGAUCUGAUGAUGAUCCCUCAGGAUGGAAGCUUCACUCCCUACAAGCCCUCCGGCAAGAAUGCUACAAAUGGUCGUAUCUUUGUUCUCAAGUUCUCUUCCAGCUCUCAACGAUACCUAUUCUGGCUGCAGUCUCAGCCCCAAGAUGAGAAUGGCGACCUGAGCUUCUACUCCCCGCGCGAUCUGAAGCUCGGAGAGAUUGUCGAUGUUCUGUUGCAGGGUGAAGAAGUUGACGUGGAACACGAAAUCGCCACUUUCACUCGAGGACGAUCAUCUGGCGGUGACGAUGAUGAGACCAUGGAGGAUGUGGAAGGCACCGACCACGACCCAAGCCAUAACCACGGCGGCAGCAGUGGCGGAGCCGGACCGGACGCGACCGGAGGCGAUGUUCGUGAGGAGGGCCAAGAAUCGAGAGAAGGCGGUGCCGAUGGUGGACGAGCUGCAGCUGCCGACUCAAAUCCAUCAUCGGUUGUCCAAGACUUUUUACGGUCCUUAGGUGGCCAACGCCAACCCCAGGAUGCCGAACGACCUUCUACGACAUUGCAAGACCUUCUUCCCCCCUCGACUACGCUACCUUUUCUUGAAACCGCCGAUGAGGCUGCGGCUGAUCACCUUUUGAACUUCUUGCCGCCAGCAUUGCUUCUGCUGGCUCAGGGUAAUGCGGAGGCUUCGGAAGCUGACACGGACCCGGAGUUGGCCCAGGCGGCUUUGUUAUCUCUCGAUCUCCCCCAAAAGAAAGAUAUUCUUCGCAAAGUGCUCCGAUCCCCACAAUUCAUUCAGAGUCUGGCUAGUCUCACCGUUGCUCUACGGGACGGUGGAUUGCCCAGCAUCAGCGAGGCGCUACAAGUGCCCGUGGCCAACGGAGGGUUUAUGCGACGAGGCGGCGUACCGCUCGGUGGGGGAGAUGCAGUGGAUGCGUUCCUGGAUGGCGUUCGGCAACAUGUUAAAAAUGAGAAGGACCAGUCGGGUGAGAUGGAGACGGACUGA